AUGGCUUGCGCUGUUCCUCCCCUGCCUGAGGACAUCAGUCCUCCGGCCAGUAAGAAGAAGCUUGUCAUUGUGGGCCUAGGCAUGGUUGGCCUAUCAUUUCUCGAAAAGUUGCUACUGAACGACUCAAAACUAGACGAGUACAGUAUAGUUGUUUAUGGAGAAGAGCCAUAUCUUGCUUAUAAUCGCGUUGGCCUCACUGAGUAUUUCCAGCACCGUGAGUUCAAAAAUCUCCUGCUUUCGCCAGAGGAGUUUUACCAGCUACGUGGCGAGAAAUGGGACUAUGCCAUUGAUGAGAAAGUAGUCGACAUUGAUCGGUCAGCCAGAAUAAUCACCACAAACAAGGGAAACAAGACGUCUUACGAUGUGCUUGUCCUUUGCACGGGCUCCACAGCCAUCCUUCCUACCGAUCUGCUACCACCCCCUACCAAAAAAAGCUACCGUGAAAUGGGGUGCUUUGUCUACAGAACCAUCGAGGAUCUUUAUUCAAUGAUUGACUUUUGCCAGGGUUCAAAGAAAAAGAGAGCCAUUGUCGUUGGUGGUGGACUUCUUGGACUAGAAGCAGCCAAAGCUCUCUACGAUAUGGAAUCCUUUGUGGAUAUCACCAUCGUCCAUAGAUCUCAUUGGCUUCUUUCCCAGCAGAUGGACCAAAAAGGCGGUUCCCUACUUACCAGCAAAGUGAAAGAGCUAGGGAUUACUUGUCGAACUGGAACAACUGUUUCAGAGCUGAUCUUUGACGCAGACCAGAAUCUGACAGGAGUGAAGUACGAUAACGCGGAGAUUGAAGAAUGCUCCCUUCUUUGCUACACUAUUGGUAUCAAUCCAAGGGAUGAGCUUAAGAGCUGCGGUCUAGAUGUGGGCUCAAGAGGCGGAUUCAAAGUGGAUAAUAUGUUACAGACUUCGGAUGAGAGUAUAUAUGCUAUUGGAGAGUGCGCUUCUUGGAAUGAUAUGACCUUUGGGCUAAUUGCUCCCGGAUAUGAAAUGGCUGAUAUACUGGCCUUCAACCUCACCCAGGGAAAGCUGCACCAGCCAAAAGAGUUUUCUGAGCCUAACAUGGGCACCAGGCUGAAGCUGAUGGGCGUUGACGUUGCAUCUUUUGGCGAUUUUUUUGCAGACAGAAAUGGGCCCAAAUGGAUCCCUCGCGGAUACGAAAAAGAAGUUCGUGGCCUUGUAUUUGAGGAUCCAAUAGACGGAACGUACACAAAGUUGCUUUUCACGAAGGACGGCAAGUAUAUGCUUGGAGGAAUUCUGGUUGGUGACACAAGCAAUUACACCAAGUUUUCUGCGAUGAUAAGGAAACCGUUACCCAAGUCUCCUUCCGAGCUGCUGAUUGGAAAAGCUGGGGACGAUGACAUGGAUAUACUCUCAGACGAUACCCAAAUAUGCUCCUGUCACAACAUCACAAAGGGAAAACUUGUGGAAGCCGUGAAGAAUGGUUGCAGCAGUCUUGGAGACCUGAAAAAGUGCACUAAAGCGGGAACAGCUUGUGGAGGUUGCGAGCCUACGGUGAAAGUCAUAUUUGAGACAGAAUUGAAAAGACUGGGCGGUAAGGUGUCCAACAACCUAUGUGUCCAUUUCGACUAUUCAAGAGCAGACUUGUUCUCACUUAUUAUGGUCAAAAAUUUCCGGUCUUUCAGAAGAGUCAUGGAAGAGCUGGGAAGCGAUCCUAGCUCGGCGGGAUGCGAAAUUUGCAAACCAACUAUUGGCUCCAUUCUCUCGACGUUAUACAACCGCCACCUUUUGAAAAAGGAAGUUCAUGGUCUGCAGGAUACAAAUGACCGGUAUCUUGGUAACAUACAGAGAAACGGCACUUUUUCGGUUGUUCCUCGAAUGUCGGCCGGCGAGGUCACUCCAGAAAAGCUUGUCUCAAUUGGCCAGAUUGCUAAAAAGUAUGGAGUUUACACCAAAAUCACAGGAGCACAACGACUAGAUUUGUUCGGCGUCAAGAAGAGCGACCUGCCAAAGAUUUGGAAGGACCUCAACGAAGCUGGCUUUGAGAGCGGACAGGCUUACGGCAAGAGUCUGAGAAAUGUCAAGUCCUGCGUUGGAUCAACAUGGUGCAGAUACGGAAUAGGAGACUCUGUUGGUUUGGCUGUCAGGCUGGAAGAACGGUACAAAGGCAUACGUUCACCUCAUAAGAUGAAAGGAGGCGUGUCAGGGUGUGUUAGAGACUGCGCCGAGUUCCACUCAAAGGACUUCGGUCUAUGUGCCGUGAAGGAUGGAUUCAAUAUAUAUGUUGGCGGAAACGGUGGAAUGAAACCGGCACACGCGCAGCUCCUUGCUACCAAUGUUCGUCCCGACGAGGUGAUCCCUAUUCUGGACAGAUACCUGAUGUUUUAUAUUACCACAGCAGAUAGACUACAGCGGACAGCUCGAUGGCUAGAAAGCCUUGACGGUGGAAUCGAAUACCUGAAGGACGUCAUCAUACAUGAUAAGUUGGGGAUUUGCAAAGAUUUGGAAGCCCAGAUGCGCCAGCUUGUGGCCGGUUACUACGACGAGUGGGCCAAAGCUGUUUCUGAAGAGAAAGACAAUCCAAUCUUCAGGCAAUUUGUGAACACACCAGAGAACCAGGAUACUGUGGAGAUAGUCAAUGAAAGAGGCCAACCACGACCGGCUAUGUGGCCCGAAAAAGCGGUCGACCAGAAGUUCAAUAAAAUCAAGUGGUCUUCUGUGAGCUGGCAGGAAGUCUGUCAGAGCUCUGAUUUGCCUCUAGCAGAGGCAGGGUCCUCGGCAACAGUCUUGGUUGGAGACACUCAAAUUUCUCUAUUCAGAACGAACGAAAACGAGCUAUAUUGCUCUCAGAACAUGUGCGGACAUAAACGUGCGUUUGUACUAAACCAGGGACUUCUGUCGGAGGAUGGUGACAAAAAUUGCUACAUAUCGUGUCCAAUGCAUAAACGGAACUUUUAUCUCAAGUCGGGGGCCUGCAAAAACGAUGAAACCUUAUCUAUCGCGACGUUUGAGGUCAAGGAGGAGAAUGGCAAGGUAUAUGCCAAACUUCCGCCAACAACGGAGCUGGAUGAAAUUUUGGGAACUUCAAAAUGGAAGGUGACAAGUCAGGAGACAGAAGCUAAAAAAGCCCGCAAGAUAACACCUGCGAGAAAUUUGGUCGACAAACCAGUAUCCUUCGAUUGGUAA